AUGGUGGAAAUCACCAUCCGAAAAAGGCCUCAAACAGAGGCAGUUAUAACUCAGCGUAAAUUCUUCAAGAAGACUGCUAGAGGCAAAGUCGUUAAGGUACUUCGAGAACGGUAUCUACGAGAUGAUGUAGCUUGUGGCAUCGAAGGUUGCAGGGAGUGCUCGACAGAAAUCUCUAGGCUUCUUCCUCCUUCCGGGGGCUUAGAGCAUCAGCUGUUUCCGAAUGGACACUACAUUCUUCCUGAUACCAAUGUUUUCUUGGCCCAAAUGGACCUCAUCGAGUCCAGUCUUUUCAAUCCUCCGAUGAUACUUCUACAAACUGUUUUAGAAGAAGUCAGGCACCGGUCUUUGCCUUUGUACAACCGUUUGAAGGCUUUGACGAAGUCGGAGGAUAAGCACAUAUGGGUAUUCUAUAAUGAAUAUCGCUCAGAAACUGCCAUAGUUCGUGAAGAAAAUGAGACUCCCAAUGAUCGUAACGACCGGGGUAUUAGAACCGCCGCAGCGUGGUACAACACCCAUAUCUCCCUCACACACACGCCAAUCCGUGGUCAAAAACAGAUGCCUCAUCCGACAGUCGUUUUAAUAACCGAAGACGCGGCGAAUCGCCAAAAAGCCGAACAAUCAGGGAUAGUGUCCGUCUCCGUCCGCAGGUACGUCGAGGCAAUGAAAGACGCGAAUGUGCUACUCGAUCUCCUCUCCGCCGAGGGGUCCCACAAUAUAGAGCCCACCAAAGCCGCUGCCGGUCGUCAAGCCCUCUAUCCUGACUACCUACCCACCCCAACACUAAUCGCUGGUGUAAAAGCUGGUGAAUUACACCAAGGACAUUUCAAUGCCAACCAGUAUAAUUACUUGGAGGGGAGCGUCCCAGUUCCAGCAUUUGACAAACCAAUCCUACUAGUUGGACGCGAGAAUAUGAACCGAGCAGUCCAAGGAGAUAUUGUCGUUAUUGAAGUUUUCCCCGAAAAAGAUUGGAAGGCUCCCGCUGAUGAAGUUGUCGAUCAAGAGGCUAUCCAAAAGAAUGAUGAUGCCGAGGACUCUGGCGAAGAGGGAGAUGAAAAUGACGAGGAAGUUUUUUCAAAAGAAUCCCGCGUCCUCUCUGGCAGCUCCAAUCAAAAGCCACCUUCGGAACGUCAGCCCACUGGCCGUAUCGUUGGCAUUAUCAAACGAAACUGGCGAGCUUAUGUGUGCCACAUCGACAGUACAUCUUUGACAUCCACUCUCACCACAUCCCUCUCCACUCAAACUGUCUUUGCCACUCCCGUAUCUCGCCUGCUCCCCAGAAUUCGCCUACGGACGCGUCAGGCGCCAACUCUCCUGAAUCAGAAGAUUUUAGUUACGAUUGAUCGAUGGGACUCCACUUCUCGGUAUCCAGAAGGACACUUCGUGAGGGCCCUAGGUCAAGUAGAGAGUAAAGAGGCUGAGCAGGAAAGUCUUCUUUUGGAGUUUGAGGUGCCAUAUAGACCGUUUGGGAAGGCGAUCUUGGAUUGCUUGCCACCGGAAGGAGAGCAGUGGGUUGUUCCUCCUAAAGGAGAGUUCGACCUCCAGAACAUUUGGAGAGAUCGCGAGGAUUUAAGAGACGUGAUCGUUUGCAGCAUCGAUCCUCCAGGUUGUCAGGAUAUUGACGACGCUCUCCAUGCAAAACUGCUGCCCAAUGGAAAUAUUGAAGCUGGAGUUCAUAUCGCGGACGUAUCCCAUUUUGUCCUCCCUGACAAUCCCAUGGACAGUGAGGCUGCUGCAAGAGGCACCACGGUAUAUCUAGUUGACAAUCGAAUUGAUAUGUUACCCUCACUCCUUGGUACAAACUUGUGUUCGCUACGACCCUUCGUAGAACGAUUAGCUUUCUCGUCAAUUUGGGAAUUAACAGCAGAUGCCGAAAUUGUCAGUGUGCGAUUUACCAAGUCUGUUAUUAAAUCGAAGGCCGCUUUUACGUAUGAAGAGGCGCAGAUCAGGAAAGAUGACCCUAACUUACACGACGAGUUGACAAAUUCUAUUCGCCUACUCAACACCCUUGCCAUCAAGCUGAAAGCAAAGCGAAUGGCAGCAGGCGCUUUGAAUUUAGCCUCGCCGGAAGUGAAGAUCCACCUCGAUAGCGCCGAGUCUUCCGACCCAAUCGAUGUUGAACAGAAAGAGCUGCGGGAGACAAAUAGUCUGGUAGAAGAGUUCAUGUUGUUAGCCAACAUCAGUGUGGCUAGGAAAAUUGAAGAGAGUUUUCCGCAGACCGCCGUUCUACGCCGACAUUUACCUCCCCCUAAAACGAACUUUGAGAAGCUGCAAGACAUCUUGCGCAAGACUAAGGGUUUCUCUUUGGAUGUGAGCAGCUCCGGGGCUCUCGCAGCUUCACUAGACGAAUGUGUUGAUGCCAGAGAACCUGCGUUUAACACCCUUGUUCGCAUCAUGGCCACUCGCUGUAUGCUUUCUGCUGAGUAUUUUUCCUCGGGAAGUGUGGCGAAGGAUACCUUCGGUCACUAUGGACUCGCUAGCGAGAUCUAUACACACUUCACGAGUCCCAUUCGUAGAUACGCUGAUGUCUUAGUUCACCGACAAUUAUCUGCUGCUAUUGGAUCUACACCUCUUCAUGCCACGCUUCAUUCUAAAUCUCACGUUGAACGUGUAUUGGAUGUUGUUAACCGCCGACAUCGGAUGGCUCAGAUGGCAGGUCGCGCGAGUGUUGAAUUUUACGUCGGUCUGGCAUUGAAAGCUAGAGGUGAACAGGCAAGGGCUCGAGGCGAGCCUGAUGUUAGGGAGGACGCAUAUGUCAUUCGAACAUUUAGAAAUGGUGUUGGUGUUUUCGUCUCAAAACUCGGAAUCGAAGGCCUCGUUACAUUCAAACGCGAUACACAAUUCGACGCGGAAAACUACACGAUUACCGUUCCUGGAGCAAAGGAAGAGGUGAAGAUAUCUGUGUUUGACAAGGUCGUAGUUCGGAUUGAGGUAGAGAAGGACAAGAACACACAGAGAGGUAAGGUGAAGAUGACAUUAGUAGAACCCGUAGAUUCUAGUGCAUUUUGA